GAAGUGAAUCCGAACAAAUCGAAGGGGGUGAAACCUGAAGAAGAUAAAAUGAAAACAUGAUUACGAAGCUGACAACCGAGCUAGAGAAACUACGGUUUUACAUUUCAUAAAAGAAACAGGUGGCGAGGGGGAAAUGACCAAGGAGGAUGUGCUGAGAGAGUCUUCAGAAGGAGACUCUGUCCUGGGUUGCUACAGCUUCAUUCCCCGUAAUUCUGACCGACCGGUAAUCCAUCAGGUUGCAUCAGCGCCUAUGCCUUCAGAUUGCGAGUUCUCUUUCUUUGACCCGAAUGAUCCUCUAUGUCAGGAGGUUCUGCAGGAUCCCCAAACCACCGUUCCAGAGCUCUUUGCCGUCCUCAGGCAGUGGGUUCCCCAAGUUCAGCGGAAUAUUAGUAUCAUUGGUAAUGAGAUUCUGAAGCGAGGAUGUGGAGUCAAUGACAGAGAUGGUCUCACGGACAUGACGUUGCUUCACUACUGCUGCAAGGCAGGAGCACCUGGCAUAGGUGAUGCUGAGAGCGCCGCCGGUUUCGCCCGUCAGCUGUUAUCAUUGGGAGCCGAGCCAUCUUUACGCAGCCGUUGGACAAACAUGAACGCUCUCCAUUAUGCUGCGUAUUUCGACGUCCCUCCUCUUAUUCAAGUGGUUCUGCAGGCAUCACAGCCGGGAGAGGUGGAUUCCACCUGCAGUGAUUUUGACUUCGGCACUGCUCUGCACAUCGCCGCCUCAAAUCUGUGCACCUCUGCUGUCAGAUGUCUGCUGGAACUGGGAGCCAACCCUGGAUUUAGGAACGACAAGGGUCAGUGUCCAGCUGAUGUUGUUCCGGAGCCUCUGGACAUGCCUCUGGAAAUCGCUGAUGCCGCAGUCCAGGCUAAAGAGCUGCGCACACUGCUGCAGGAGGUGCUCCCCAGGCCUGAUGCUCCUCUUUCUCUCCUGCCUGCACCACCUUCAGGUGUCCUCUCAGACAAAGCUCGUGCACAGCUUUCAAGCAUGGGCCUUCACCUCGGAGACAAAGUCGUCAUCGCUGGUCAAAAGGUCGGGUCUCUGCGAUUUUGCGGCAGUACGGAGUUUGCUGGUGGUCUAUGGGCUGGAGUGGAGCUUCAACAACCGGUGGGCAAGAAUGACGGAUCGGUAGCUGGUGUUCAGUACUUCACCUGCCCCAUUAAACAUGGAAUAUUCGCCCCUCUUUCUAAAGUCAGCAAGCUCUCUGAACAUCGAAAACACAGUCCUCGACAGCCCUGCGUUCCUGUCCCCCACCCAAGACGGAUUGACUUGGCGCGGGUUACAUCCAAGGUCAACACAGGUCUUCUUUCACGCAGUUGUUCCACUUCCUCUUCCUCUUUGGACUCCAGACAAACUUCUAGACGACCACCACGUCCACUCCCACGGCAAAGACCACCACUGCAUCCAUGGCAGGAGCGGGUUGCUCCAAGCACCAGAUCUACGCUUGCCCCAUCCCGUUCCCUCACCUCCACCCCACACUCGGGAAUUGCUCGCAGUAGAACCCCUUCAGCAAGCAGCACAGCACAUGAGAGCCCUGAGGUGCAUUUGGGCGAGCGAGUAUUGGUGGUGGGACAAAGAACAGGAGUUGUACGAUUUUACGGCAAGACCAGUUUUGCUCCAGGAUUUUGGUUGGGGAUUGAGUUGGACAAGCCGAGCGGAAAGAAUGACGGAUCAGUUGGAGGAGUACGAUACUUCAGCUGUCCUCCCAAACACGGAGUCUUCGCUCCACCCUCACGAGUUCAGAGGAUUCAUGGCUCAGUGGACUGUCUGUCAGAGCUGUCCUCGUCUCGGAUGAACUAUUCCUUCACAGGUAUUCGCCGCACUUUCAGCACCUCCUCAGCCAUUGCCACACAGAGAGAACCAAGUCGCAAAGCUCAAGCAAGCAGGAACCGUUCCAAUAAUUUGCGUCGCCGCUGGAGCACAGUCAGCGCUGGCUGGGGUGCAUCAAGGGCAAACAGCAGCGCUGGCCCAGGGCCUAUUCGAGUGGGUGGCACCACCAGUUGUCCUGGCUCAGAUGGCACUGUCAAACUCCACCUGGGCAUGCAGGUCUUGCUAAUUAGCGCCAAUGAGAUGGCCACCAUCCGCUACAUUGGCACAGCUGAAUUUGCCCCUGGCCUCUGGCUGGGCCUUGAGCUGCGAAGCCCGAAAGGAAAAAACGACGGUUCUGUGGGCAGCCGACGCUACUUCAGCUGCCGACCUGGCCACGGGGUUCUGGUGCGACCCAGCAGGGUCACAUACCGCGGUAUCAACGGAGCCAAGCUGGUGGAUGAAGGCAGCUGAGACCACCACACUCCAAAAACAUGGGCUUCCCGUCUCUCCACCCAUCUGGCUUUUAUUUCCUGGGAUUUGUUUUCACAUUUCGGCCAAACUGAGCAGACUUUUUUUAGUCUUUCUCUCUAGCUGCACUAAGAUUGAGAUGUUUAUAGCUGAUAAACAGUUUAAUAUAUUUUCCCGAACUAACUAAAUGUUAUGUUUGAGAUGUAUUGCAUUUUAAUUCUUCUGAGGUUUGACUUCAGAUCCAUCUGUUGAAGUAAACAGCAAACUCUGAGCACUUUAAUAAAAGUAUGUGGGCGAGGACAAUGACUUGAACAGCAGGAUUUAAGAAGUUCAGACAAUUUAAUAACUUCAAUAACUGUGACUAUAUCAGCUCCUCAAAUCCCCUCAGAAGAGAGCUCGAAAGGAUAAAGCGUAGCUUCGACUCGUUUAGACAGGUGUAAGUCUCUUCAGAAAAUGGCACUUAUGUUCAGAAACUUUUCAUCUUAUUGCCAGAGAAGUUACAAAUAAAUAAUAAGCACUUUAAAAUCAUUGUAAUCUAAGAUCUAACCAGCUGAGAUUGUACUUGAUUGUUCCACACUGUUGCAGUUGUUACUGCUAAAAGGCAUAUGGUGCAUUGAAGUCAUGUAGACUAAAUCAUAUUUACAUGUUUGUUGCACCUAAUAUUCGUUUUUGACGAAUGGGAAAUUUGAAUAUUUGCUUUUGUCAGUGAGAAACAUGGCAGAUUCAGUGAUUUAUGAUUAUAUUAGAAUUAUAUAUACAGUUGAAGUCAAAAUUAUUAGCUCUCCUGUGAAAUACUUAAUAGAGAGAUUUGUUUUUGUCACAUUUUUAAACAUAAUAUUUUCUCAAACUAAUUUCUAAUAACUAAUUUAUUAUAUCCAUUUCAAGAUGGUGCCAGGAUGUUUGCCGGUUUAAUCGGCUGGUCCUUGUUCCUUGUUACCAGUUUCAUCUCGUGCAUUGUUCUCUCCACUCUCAUCUAAAAAAUCUGAUGAGCGUAUUGCACGCUGGUUAUGCCGCAUGUUUUUGUCGUUGUACUCUGUGCGCUGUUAAGUCAGUCGCGUCUUUAUCAUUCUCCAAUCAAACGAUAGCUAAGGCGGAGUUUCCAUUGAGUUGACUGCAGUGUUUGUGUUGUCAAGACAACUACAGAGACUUUUGAAGAUAGAGGAAAGACUAGUGGUUACUGUUUUUUCACAUGACUUCACAAAUUUUGAAUAUCACAAUAUUAUUAAAUAUUAAAAUGAUAUCAAUAUCAAUAGCAACACUCACGCACAAUAUGCAGCUGAUUUAGUCAUUACCUUGCAACACAAUUUUUUUAUUUCACUAGGCAAUGACUGAAUCUGCUGCGUAUUGUGUGCGAGUAAAGUCGUACAGCUCUGGAUAACUCAAAACAGCAACCACUAGUCUCUCCUCCAUUUUCAGAAGUCUCUAAAGUCAUCUUGACAACACAAACACUGCUGUCACCUUAACAGAAACCCCACCUCUGCUUUCAUUUGAUUGGUCAAUGAAAAAGACGUGACUAACGUAGCAUGCUUUUUCCACUCAGAGUUGACUUUUUUUCAUGUGCGAGUGCGCAACGGCAAAAACGUGAGGCACAGCAGGCGGUUAAAGCACGAGGUGCUCAGGGCACAUAAGCAGUGCGCAGAAAAACGCUCACUGCCAUUAGUAAACAAUUCAAAAGAUGUAACGCAAAAGGUGUGAUCAGCCCCUAUUCUCCCUCUACAUACUUCCUUCAAGUUUUUAUUCAUUAUCUUUUUUUGAACGAGGAUUCUCAAGGCUAUGUGUAGUGGGGUAAAAAUAUUGACCUUUAAAUUGUUUUAAAAAAGAAAGAAAUAAGACUAAGAAUAAGAUUAUAAGAAAUACAGUGAAAAUGUAAUUACUCCGUUAAACAUUAAUUGUGAAAUAUUUGAAAAAGAACACAAAUUUACAAAUAAUAAUAAUAAUAAUAAUAAUAAUAUUAAUAAUUAUUAUUAUUAUUAUUAAUAUUAUUAUUAUAUUAGCAUAUAUAGAUCAAUAGAUGGAUAUCAUUCAGUUCAGAAGUUCUUAUCUGCGACAGUGCGAACACACGUUAACGGUCACACACCUCCAUCAAGUGUGCAUUUAUACUGAAAAAAACAAUGAAAAUGUAGUGCAUUGGGAUGUAAAAACAUGCUGUGUGUGAAAUGACCGCUUAAUUAGGUUUUUUUGUUGUUGUUUUGCUCUUGCUUGAGAGAUUCAUUAUAGAAAUUUUUGUCAUUUUUAUCUGUGAUCAAAGAUGCAUUAAAGUUUAUGAAAGCAUUUUUUUGACAAUUUUGAGCUAAAUUUGACAAACUAUAAAUCAUUAUUAUUAUUAUUAUUAUUAUUAUUAUUAUUAUUAUUAUUAUUAUUAUCAUAUAUAGAUCAGAAGGUGGAAUUCGUGAAAUUAUGACAUUCUUACCUGUGACAGAUUGAACAUGUUAACGGUCACACCUCCAUCAAGUGUGCAUUUACACUGAAAAAAAAAGUUGUUAUUGUAGUGCAUUGCUAUGAAAAAAAAACAUGUUGUUUGUGAAAUGAACUCUUAAUCAGUUAUUUGUUUUUCUCUUGAUUGAGAGAUUCCUUAUUUAAACUUUAGUCACUUUUAUCAAUGAUCAAAGAUGUAUUAAAGUCUGUUAAAGCUAAUAAUUUUGACAAACUAUAAAUCAUUAUUAUUAUUAUUAUCAUUAUAUGUAGAUCAGUAGUUGGAAUUCAUGGAAUUAUGACAUUCUUAUCUGCGACAGCCUGAAUACACGUUAACAGCCACACACAUCCAUCAAGUGUGCGUUUACAUUAAAAAAACAUUGUAAAUGUAGUGCAUUACUAUAAAAAAAACAUGGUUUAUGUGAAAUGAACCCUUAAUCAGUUGUUUGUGUUCCUCUUGACUAAGAGAUUCCUUAUAGAAACUUUAGUCACUUUUAUUAUUAAUCAAAUUGUAAUCAAAAGUCUAUGAAAGAUUAUACCCAGACCAAACCAUGAAGUCUAAAUCAAGCUACCAUUAGUACUUUGAGCAUAUAUCACAGACAUUUUUGUGACUUUUGUUUUCGAUGAUGUAGAGUCUUUAAUAGCAGAUCAAACAAUUGUUAAGAACAUUGAAUUUAGAAGUUAUUUAUAUUAGAUAAUGAAAUACUGGAUGAGAGUCUGAAAAUUAUUGCUUAUCAUUUGUGGGUGUUUGUUCGUAUUUAUUAGUUUUUUUUUUUUUGUUUGUUUUUUUAAUUGAAGGAUUUUUUGGAUUGAUUUAUUUUGUUAUUCACAGUUACGUAGCAAGCUUUUUAAUUCUGCAAUGUCUAGAGUUUAAAUGCAGGAAUCAGAGAAGAAUGAUUCCUUGAUGAUCAUUUUGCACUAAUGAUGAAAUGAAUGAAAAGACAUUGUUUUGGAACAUUUCAGACAUUCAUAUCAGAAACUCUGGAAGGAGAAAUACUUGGGGGGUGAAAAAUUACAACGAGCUAACGUUUUGUCAGAAAGACUAUAACUGAAAAGGGUUAUAAAAUGAGACAAUUUCCAAUACAAGUUGGAGACUUAUUGCACAUUUCAGCUGGUUUCCACAGGGGUGUUUUGUACUAUCUGUAAAUGAUCUGCUUAGCAGUGUGUUUGGGUGUAUAUUUUGUGUGAAUUUAAAUGUAAUCUUGUAGCAGUGACAUGCAGAUCUUUGAAUUACUCAGUGUAAUUUGCAAGGAAUGUCCGCUGAUUACAAUAAAAAGGUUAUAAUAUA